GAUACAGAAAAGCACGUUGAUGUAUUGGAAAUUAGCACAGUUUAAAGUGGAGCAGAAAGGUUUGGUUUACAACUGUCAACAGGACUACCCAGGGAACACGUUUAUUAACAAGCAUGCCAGCUUUAAGCCAAAAUGCUCUUUUCGGAAUGGGCAAUCCUCUUCUAGACAUCUGUGCUGUGGUCGACAAGGACUUCCUUGACAAGUAUGGACUGAAGCCAAACGACCAGAUCUUAGCUGAGGAAAAACACAAAGAGCUGUUUGAGGAAAUUGUCAAGAAGUUCAAAGUAGAAUACCAUGCCGGUGGCUCCACCCAGAAUUCAGUUAAAAUUGCCCAGUGGAUGAUUCAGCAGCCUCACAAGGUUUCAACGUUUUUGGGAUGCAUUGGCACUGAUAAGUUUGGUGGGAUCCUGAAGAAGAAAGCCGAGGAAGCCCAUGUUGAUGCUCAUUACUACGAGCAGAGCGAAGAGCCGACAGGAACCUGUGCAGCCUGCAUCACUGGCGACAACAGGUCCCUUGUUGCAAACCUUGCUGCUGCCAAUUGCUAUAAAAAGGAGAAGCAUCUGGACUUGGAAGAGAACUGGAAGUUGGUAGAAAAGGCCAAAGUCUUUUACAUUGCAGGAUUCUUCAUCACAGUUUCCCCGGAGUCCAUAUUAAAGGUGGCCAAACAUGCCUCUGAACACAACAAGGUCUUCAGCUUGAAUCUCUCUGCACCAUUUAUCAGCCAGUUCUUCAAGGAGCCCUUGAUGAAGGUCAUGCCGUAUGUGGACAUCCUAUUCGGAAAUGAGACGGAGGCUGCUGCAUUUGCAAGAGAGCAGGGCUUUGAGACAGAAGACAUUGAAGAAAUUGCAAAGAAGACCCAGAGCCUGCCAAAAGUGAACAAGAAGAGGCAACGGAUUGUCGUCUUCACCCAGGGGAAAGAUGGCACCGUUGUCACCAGUGGCAAUGAAGUGAUGAUUUUCCCUGUUUUAGACAUUGAUCAGAGUGAAAUUGUGGACACAAAUGGAGCUGGAGAUGCAUUUGUAGGAGGUUUUCUGUCACAACUUGUAUAUGACCGGCCCCUGGAAGAAUGCAUUCGGGCUGGACACUAUUCAGCCAAUGUCAUCAUCAGACGUGCAGGAUGCACUUUCCCGGAAAAGCCAGACUUUCACUAACAUCUGAAAAUGAGUGGGAACAAAAGACAUCCCUUUUAACACUGGAGAUUACUGCCUUUUUGUUUAUCGUUAUUAUAAUUUUUUCUUUUAAACUGACCCACCUCUUUCCGGUGCCUGCAUUUUGACGUCUGUACUUCUGUUCAUCUCACUGUGUACAAUUAUUGGAAUUCCAUAAAGAACUGUUGUGGGUAUGUUGUAAUUUAUAUAAGAGAGCCAAUUUCAUGAAAUUUUGUUUACAGUUAUUAAAAAAAAAAAAAAAAAAAAAAAAAAAAGACGAUCUUUUACUUAAAUAGCUUUAUUGAGCAGAAGUUUAAAUAUGACAAUUCUGUUUAGUGUUUUGUUUCCUUAAUGUGUUGUGAAAAAGAAAUCAAACAUUUCAUGAUUUGUUUUUGGCAAGUGCAUUCAUGCAGUUGCAUUAAUUAAACAGGACUAUUAAAAAUGUAACACUUUCUAGGGAAUUAAUCUUUUCAGUGUGUUUAUAGAAUUAAAAUUAGCUUUUCUCUUUUUAAGGGGACUUUUUUUAAUACAAACACUAAAAACUUAAAUUGAGGUACAGAAUUAUUUAUGCAGGAUCUUCCAUGACAUACCAAAUUGAAACUUUAAGCGCACAGUUUUAAAAACGAAUUGCAUGAAUGGUGUAGAUUUUACAUCCCAAAUACAGUUUAUAUGUGUUCAGGUAGAGCGGUCCUCUGCAUGUUAUAUGUAAACUGACAAAAUAAAAAUAAUGUGAUAACCA